CCGCAAGACAACUGCGAUGCUUCCGAAUACAGACAUGUCAUCUUUAGAAUUGAAUAGUGGAGAAUACUAUAUUCCAUCAGAAUUGUAGGGUGUCUUCUGUAAAAUAGAUCUGCAGCUUCCAACAGUAUGUAUGCCAAAAUGAUUUCCAUUUAUUAUCAAAUGGAAUAUUUGUAUAUUCUUUAUUUGAGGUCGUAACAUUCGUUAUAGGCUUUGGUCGCUUAUUUCGCAAGACUAGUGUGACAUUUUUUUAUUCCUAUUUUAAGUUGCUAAUCGGACUGGACAGAAAACGAACUGCACAGCUAUACAGAGACCUUCAUUCUAAAUUGUCUGCGUUAACGCAGAGGAGACAAGAAGGAGAGGAGACGAGCACUCCGCUUGUGGGAAGAGACAUUUGGUUUGCUUGGACUCGGAUUGUAACGUUCCAUCGCUUAUUACGGCUUCGACUUGAGAAUAACAGCUUUACGGUUUUGGUCCAAAUAUCUGACCAGUGGCGGUGGGCUUUUGCCGGGCUAACAGCUAGAGGAGGGGAGAAGAGCAAGCCAUCACUUCUCAGUUUUGGUCGAUCUGUCGGAUACAGAACAGGCUUCAAGACUAGCUUGAUUGUGCGCGAGGAAACCAAUAUAGCCUCUGGGAGUAUUCUUUCAACGUUGCCGCGAGGUCCCGGCCACGGCCCAGUGCUGGAUCCCAGGGCUGCCAUCAGCGCGCUACGGACCUGCCGGACCUGCCGGACCAGAGAGGGUGGAUGGAGCGCUUCAGGCCGAGGCUGACAAGGACUGGGCUCAGGGUGAGGACGGGGGCGUGGUCUUCCUCCUGCCCAGCAUGCCUUUGGUUGGGCUUGCUCUCUGUGGCGGCCGCCUUCCUGUGCGCCGAGGGUGCCCGCACCACUCGUAGCCCUGCCACCACAGACUCCCACAAUGCCACCUGUUCCGAGGGCACGUCCCGGUGCAAGCCGGGCAUCGUCCUGCCAAUCUGGUACCCGGAGGACCCAUCCAUGGGGGAUAAGAUUGCGCGGGUCAUCGUCUACUUCGUGGCCAUGAUCUACAUGUUCCUGGGCGUGUCCAUUAUAGCGGACCGUUUCAUGGCGGCCAUCGAGGUCAUCACAUCCCAGGAGAAGGAGAUCAUCAUCAAAAGAGCCAAUGGCGAGACGACAACCGCCACAAUUCGGGUCUGGAACGAGACUGUCUCCAACCUAACCCUGAUGGCCCUGGGUUCCAGCACUCCAGAGAUCCUGCUGUCGGUCAUCGAGGUCUGCGGACACGAGUUCCAAGCCGGCGAGCUGGGGCCGUCCACCAUCGUUGGCAGCGCUGCCUUCAACAUGUUUGUGAUCAUCGGCCUGUGUGUGUCCGUGAUCCCCGAAGGCGAGACGAGAAAGGUCAAACAUCUCAGAGUGUUCUUUGUGACAGCUGCUUGGAGUAUCUUUGCCUACAUCUGGUUAUACAUGAUCCUGGCAGUGUUCAGUCCCAAUGUGGUCCAGAUUUGGGAGGGGCUACUCACGCUGGCCUUUUUCCCCAUCUGCGUCAUCCUGGCCUGGGUGGCUGACCGACGACUCCUCUUCUACAAGUUCAUGCACAAGAAGUACCGCGCCGACAACCACCAUCGCGGUGUCAUCAUCGAGACCGAGCAUGAGCGAUCCAAGGGCAUCGAGAUGAUGGACGGUGGGGGGAAGAUGGCCAACUCGCACUUCGCCCAUGACGGAGGCCCAGCCCACAAUCUCAUUAGCCUGAUCGAGGGUAAGGAAGUAGACGAGUCCCGACGGGACAUGAUCCGGAUCCUGAAGGACCUGAAGCAGAAGCAUCCAGAGAAGGAGAUGGACCAGCUGGUGGAGAUGGCCAACUACUACGCCCUGUCCCACCAGCAGAAGAGCCGAGCCUUUUACCGCAUCCAGGCCACCCGCAUGAUGACCGGGGCGGGGAACAUCCUGAAGAAACAUGUUGCGGAGCAGACCAAGAGAACUGCCAGCGCCCAGGAAGUGUGCGUGGUGGGGGACGAGCCGGAGGAGUACGUGUCACGGAUCACCUUUGAACCAGCCGUGUACCAGUGCCUGGAGAACUGCGGCGCAGUGCUGCUGGCCGUUGCCAGGAAUGGCGGCGACAUGGCCAACACCAUCUACGUGGAUUACAAGACAGAGGACGGGUCGGCAAAUGCCGGCGCCGAUUACGAGUUCACUGAGGGCACCAUGGUGUUCAAACCCGGUGAGGUUGUCAAGGAGAUCAGCAUCGGAAUCAUUGAUGACGACAUAUUCGAGGAGGACGAGCACUUCUUUGUGCGCCUUAGCAAUGUGCGGGUACUGGAUUUGGACGAGGACGACACACUCCUGUCCCCAAACUCUCUCCCGUACCCAAAAGCUGUCCUCGGGUUCCCGGCCGUCGCCACGGUUACCAUCCUGGAUGACGACCACGCCGGGAUAUUCACCUUCGAGAGCGACACGUGUCACGUGAGUGAGAGCGUGGGAGUGAUGGAGGUCAAGGUGCUGAGGACUUCGGGGGCGAGGGGGACGGUCAUCCUGCCAUAUCGUACCAUGGACGGGAUCGCCAAAGGAGGAGGGGAGGACUUUGAGGACACCUACGGGGAACUAGAGUUCAAGAACGACGAGACCUGCAAAAUGAUUCAUGUGAAGAUUGUAGACGAUGAGGAGUAUGAGAAAAACAAGAACUUCUUCAUAGAGCUGGCUGAGCCUCGCAUGGUGGACAUGAGCCUGCAGAAAGCACUGUUAUUAGCAGAAGAUGUCCCAAAGUUAUCGUCAGAGGAAGAGGAAGCAAAGAGGAUUGCAGAGAUGGGAAAACCGGUGUUGGGACAACACUCGAAACUGGAGGUCAUCAUUGAGGAGUCUUACGAGUUCAAAAACACAGUGGAUAAGUUGAUCAAGAAGACCAACCUGGCUCUGGUGGUGGGAACAAACUCCUGGAGAGAACAGUUCAUGGAGGCCAUCACAGUCAGUGCAGGAGAUGAGGAUGAAGAAGACUCCGGUGAGGAGCGCCUCCCGUCCUGUUUUGACUAUGUCAUGCAUUUCCUCACAGUCUUCUGGAAGGUCCUGUUUGCUUGUGUUCCUCCAACGGACUACCUGAAUGGCUGGGCCUGCUUCUUCAUCUCUAUCAUCAUCAUCGGCAUGUUGACUGCAGUCAUCGGAGAUCUGGCGUCUCACUUUGGCUGCACCAUCGGCCUGAAGGAUUCUGUGACCGCGGUGGUGGUUGUGGCGCUGGGGACGUCUGUCCCUGACACAUUUGCCAGUAAGGUUGCUGCGGUGCAGGACACAUAUGCAGAUGCCUCCAUUGGCAACGUAACGGGCAGCAACGCGGUCAACGUGUUCCUGGGCAUCGGGGUGGCCUGGUCCAUAGCCGCCAUCUACUGGCACAUGCAGGGCAAGCAGUUCGUGGUGCAGGCAGGCUCCUUGGCCUUCUCCGUCACCCUCUACACCAUCUUUGCCUUCCUGGGUGUGAGCGUCCUGCUGUACCGGCGCAGGGCCCACAUCGGAGGGGAGCUGGGGGGCCCACGAGGGCACAGACUGGCCACCUCUGCGUUCUUCUUCAGCCUGUGGUUCCUUUAUAUCCUGUUUUCCAGCAUGGAAGCCUACUGUCAUAUAGAGGGAUUCUAGAACCCCCUAAACCACCUCUGGAACCUUCCGGAACACAUGCAGGCUCCGUGCAGAAGGUUUAAAAGUACAACUCAACAAAGCAACGGUGGGAUUCUCAGCGUAGAAUGACGGAAUGAUGGAAGGAUAACAGUGGUUUGUUGGUGUAAAGGGAUGAGAAGAUGAGCGUUCAAUUUGGAGGUAAGAGGAUCUGGUGAUGAUCCCCUGUCCCCCAACCUUCUGCCCUCCCCAUCAACCCCCUUCUAAGGACCCCCCAGGCAUAAUAAAUCUAUUGACCUCCUCUGGAGGAGUUAUCUGUGAUGGUAGGGAGCACUGGUUUAUUAUCCAGCUGGGUGUGCUUACAGCUGGGGUUGGAGAAUCCAAAACUGGGGCUCAUCUCAUCUGCUACGGAUUCGCCACGAGGAGGAUAUACAGCCAGUCCUUAGAAGCUGGAGAAAUCUGAGAUCAGAAGAAGUCUAUAUUUUUUUCUCAAAACCUUGAUGAGAAUGACUGUUUUUUAAAUGAAGUAUUUUGGGGAAUAAAAAUACAAAGAAAAAAAAAACUUUACAAAAAAAAGACGAAUAAAAGUUACUAUUUUCUGAUCUUACAUUAUGGAGAACAAAAAUAUGAUAUUGUUGAUGAAAAAAGAUGUUGUUGGUGAUGAGUGACAGUUGAAUGGACUCAUAGUAUUUCUAUUUAUUUUAUUUGGGUUAGUUUCUUAUUAAGGAACACAGCAGCCGAGUUCUUAGAGGCAAACAGAGCAGGAACAAUGGAGGAUAAACCAGAACAGACAGAUCAACCAUCAAACAAACGACUAUAUGAGGAAGAGAAGUGGUAAAAGAAGAGCAUAAAGAAGCAACAGAAAAAAGGAACAUUAUCAAACUGCCCUGAACAUUAUUUCCGUACUAUAUAUAUAUAUAUAUCUAUAUAUAAUAUAUUCCAUAUUUUCUGUAUUUUUGGAAUAUUUAUUUCAGUGUGGUCACAUUCAGCUUCUUCUGUCCUGCAUUGGACCACUGUGGUUUGGUAUGGAAGGUUGUAUACUGGAAAAGGAUGGAUGUUUCUCCAAAUGGCACCAUAUUCCUUAUAUAUGGGCAAAAGUAUUGGCACCCCUAGUACCUUCUUCAAAUAACUCACGUUGUCUGUAAAAAAAAAAUUACAAGUUAAAACUGACCAAAGUAUUUGGUGCCCACAAUUCCUUAUUUCACUGUGAAUAUUACAGAACUUUUGUUUUUUAUUCAGAACCUACCACAAUCUUUUAAAUCAGAAAAUAAACAGAAAUGGCAUUAGCAAAACAACUGCAACAACUGCAGUUACGCCCUUCUAGAGGUUCCUACACCUCAGUACAGGUAUUUUGGCCCACUCUUCUUCAGGUCUCUCCAACAGUCUUCAAUAGGAUUCAUAUGUGGACUCGUUGCUGGCCACUCAGAAAAUUCCACCAUUUCAUGCAACCAUUCCUGGUUGCUUUUUGAUGUGUGAUUAGGGUCAUUGUACCAUGACCUUUGACAGAGACCUACUUUUCUGACAACACCGGCUCGACAUUGCAUUUCAAAUGCCUUGAUAUUCUACUGAUUUUGUGACGUCACGCACACAUUCAAGGCGCCCAGUUACAGUGGCAGCAAAAGCAAAACCUCCUCUAUGUUUCACCGGGGGGAAACCGUUCUUUUCUUUGAAGCAUUUCUAUUUUUAUUUUCUCUAAACAUUGUGAUGGUGUGCUUUACCCAAAAGCUCUAAUGUGGUCUCAUCUCUCCACAUGAGAUUGUCCCAGAAAGACUGUGGCAUGUUCAGGUGUGUCAUGGCAUAUUUCAGCCAAACUUCCUUACAUGUCUCUCUCAGCAGUGGGUCUCCUACCAUACACGCUGGGUUGGCGGUAAAUGGUGCGAUCUGAAAUUGUUGUACCUUCUGUCUGAAGGUCUGCUUGAAUCUGUGCAGCGGUUAAUCAAGGUGCUUUUUCCACUAUUCAAACAAUCCUUCACUGCAAUCCUCCAUGACCUUUCUCAUUCCACCAUGACCAUGGAGGUUGGCCACAAUGGCGUGGUCCUUAAAUGUUUUAAGACAUAACGUGCAGUGGAGACAGGAACAUCAUGGUCUCUGUAGAUGGAUUUGUAGCCUUGAGACUGUCCAUGCUUGGCUACAACCUUGUGUCUGACUUUCUGACUUUUUCAGUUAUCUGUUGUUUUUUUUUUUACUUUUCUCCAUACUCAUUGCAGUACACACAGUGACACAAAACAGGAGAUUGAGUUAUUUUCUCUAUUCAAACUGGUUACAUGAGGGAAUUUCAUAUUGCAGGCCCAUAGGUGAGUUCAGUUCAAAAGUAAAGGAUAAUAUUCUGCUUGAAAUUUAAUGAUUUUAUCCACUACUUCUAUUAAGGUGACAUAAAUAUUGUCAACAUACAUUUAUUUAUUUUUUGUGGAAUAAGCUGACUUUGUUUAACUAUUCAGAUUUUUUAUUUUGUUCCACUUCACACCAAAGAAAUAAAUAUGUGGAUGCCAAAAUAUUUUAGAAUUUUAACAGUUUUCUAGACAUGGUGUAUAACUGGAGUAUAGUGCUGGGGUGCCAAUGCCUCUGGCAAUGUAUGUAUGGUACACUACAUUGAGCAGGGCACAUGUGGCUUUGCACUACAUUUAUGUAGGGAAAAGGGUGCUGUUUGAGACUGAUCCUGAUGUCUUCUUCAUGUUCUCUAAAUAUCUAUUAUAUAUUACCUAAGUUGAAAAACAAAUUAUUUAUUUUAUUUAUUAUUAAUAAUAAUAUAUUGCUUUCACAAAUUCUAAAAUGUUAUUAGAUCUAAAAUCACAAAAAUUUGUUUUAGAGACUUACUAAAACAGAUUGAUAAUUCAGAGGUAUUUUUUUACCGGUCAUGAUCUACUUUGCUAUAUACAUAUAUAUGUGGAGACAUCUUCUAAAUAUUCAACAAAUAACCAAUAAAUGGUAAGGUACAACUGAUGAUGUGAUUCUACAACUGUUGACAUGAUGCUGCAACUGUUAGCAUGGUACUUCAUCUGUUAGCAUGAUGCUACGAUGGUUAGCAUGAUGCUACGACUGUUAGCAUAAGGAGGCCUUUGCAGUAGCUACUUUUGUAGCAUGUUCUGAGGUAGGCAAGUUAACUUAACCCCAUGUAUUACAUUGUGGUUGAGUGGAAACUAUGGAUUUCAGUACCUAAAGAAGAGCACACAUUUACAAAGGAUGUUUUGUGUAAAUGUUCUGCUGAAAUGUUAUGUUCUUGAUAAAAACUGUCAUUUAUGUGAUGCUGAAGCUCUAAUAGUCGCUGCUCGACCCAAUUGUAAAAUGUGGGUGUUCACUUGUGGAAGUUCACUUGACUCAGUCAUUUGAUACUUCAUGAGAGAGAUAUAUGCGUUAAAAAGAUUGCAGUUUGUAUGACAAUAAUAGAGAGCAAGAGUGUUUUGUGUUUUUGGCUGCCAUGUACACUGUAUUGAAGGCUGUUAUCUUUAGUUGUGCCUAGAAACUCACCAUCUACAGAAGGCUACAUCCCACUAGCACACCGAGAAGGAGGGAGGGAGAGAAAAGGUGGGGAGCCAAGCGAUGGUGUAAGAGCAGAGAAGGAAAGAGAAUAGAGAGGGAGCGAGGAAAGAGAGAGAAGAGAGGGAGAAAGAAAAGAAAGGGAGAGAGUGUUUGCGGGUUAUAUGGAGAUGUACACAGUGGUUUGUGCUGUAACUGGUGCGUUUGAGUUUGUUAGUAAGAGAACUCAUGAAUCCUGAUUUAAAGCUCCCAACAAUCAAUGUGUUUCUUUCUUUAUAAACCUGUACUGUAUUUUAUUAUAUAUAUAUAUAUAUAUAUAUAUAUAUAUAUAAGUUAUUGUUGCCAGUUUAAAAUCAGUGUGCAGAACCAAAGAGCAAAGAUGUACAACUACCACUCCAGAUAAUGAGGAACCAAAUGGAAGCAAAAAUAACUGUAACAGAAAAGCACCUGUCCUAUAGAAAUCUUUCCUUGCAGAUAGUCAUUUUACUAGGGUGUGCAAGUACCACAUAGCAUGAUGAGGUCAUCAGAGGGCAACCUAGGACGCCACAGUGAUGCUGUGGUACCACAAGGGGGUGUCACUCUCAGUUUCCACCUUAACACAGUAUAGUGGUUGUCUCUUGUAGAAAGCCCGCCUCCAUUUUUAGUUAUUGUUUCCUGUCAAGUGACUUCAGGCUGACACAGUGGCUUUACCAUAGCCUGGUUCCAGAGCUGUCUUGUGCUUUUGCCUGCUUUCUAUUCAGUGUCAAGGUAUUUGCAGUGGAGCAGAAACAGACUGUCACUCAGGCUUUCUUUUUACACACGUGUGCACCACAUGACUAUAUGUUUACAAACAAACACGCUAAUGUGUGUGUGUGUGUGUGUGUGUGUGUGUGUGAGAGAGACUAUUAAAAUGCUAUUCUUAUCCCUCUGUCUCUCCUAAGAGUCUUAUGAAAUUCAUUGAGUGUUUUUGUUUUGUCAAGUGAUCAAAAUAGAAUAACAUAAAAACACAGACAAACAUAAACUCUGGGUCUAUUCAGUCCACAUCAUGGAACAUUGAAGAUAUAACGUAAUUUAAAUAUAAAAAGCCACAUUACCGUCUCAGCAGAGAAGCCCUUUCACAUUAACCCUGUUUAGGUCUGCUCUGAGAUGGCCUUUUCAUCGUCCGUUAUCCACACACAGUCCAACACUGUGUGGCUCAUAAUGCCAGGCUCUGUUGUUGUUGUUGUUUUUGGUGGCUGAUCAUUUUGUUUUGUUUGGUGGUAUUCAUGAAGUUGUCGUGUUCAGAUCUGUAUCUUCCCGGCACCUGUCUUCCUCACCAUGCUGGUCUAAAUGACACACCUCCACAACCUUGCUCUCUGUCUGGACGGUAUAUAACAUAGCCACUGUGUAGUACAGCUACAACAGCUCAAACCAGUUUGUAGCAAAAGUGUGGAUGUCAUGUUGCAAAGAUAGGGGCUUAUCUUUCAUCUAGUCGUUGUGGGACACUUUUAUACCACAAACUGGAACGGCUGACAUUUUCACUAAUGUAACGUAACGUAACACUAUAUACAUUUUUUUUUUAUGAAUGGGUACCGGGAAAUGUUCUCUAUUAAACCUUCUAAAUGUACUGGGUGUAUCUUUGAGGAAGUUCCCUGUUGAUUCUUUGAAGGACAGCAGACAUGUUUUGGAAUAUUACUGGCCAACGCGACCCCUGUGCUGUUACUGACAUGAGAGACAUACCCAGAGUUUUUAAAAUAUAAAUGAACAUAUUGGUCAUUGGAGAUCAUAAUUCUGUCAUCAGAGUAUGGUUGUGGGUGAUGUCUUCACGGUAUUUGCUUUGUUUAUGUAUUAUGAAUCCCCAUAUAUGAAACAAAAUCUCAUGUUUGGUUUUUUUUUCAGCGGCAUUGAUGUUUCAGUAUGUAUGGCAACUUUGGAGAAAAAAAAAUAAUUCUUUCAGAUUGUGAAAUGUUUUUACAAAUAUUCAAAAAGAUGGGUAUGAAUUUUCUCUAUGCUGAAUUCGCGAGGGAUCUAAUAGAGUUGUUUAUAAUAUAUUUACCUAAACGUUUGUUUUUUAAUUGAGAUGAAUAAAGACUUGUUUUGGUGCUGAUAAACAAUCCCUCUGCAAAAGCCUGUCCAAAUGAUCUGAAUUGUGCACAUGUAUCUUGCAUAUCUGAACUACUACAAUGUUCUACCAUGAAUUGUCACUUUCCCGUCACGUCAAUAUCAGGCUUUCUGUGGUCCAAAUGACCCCCUUAUACCUACAGAGUGCACUACCGAUUAUGUCAAAAGUAGUGCCCUAUAACGGGAGUAGAGUGCCAUUUAGGUGGCAUCACUUACUAAUGCAUAACAUGUCAUUAUAACCAAUGUCUCAUGCAUUGGCUUCCGGGGUUUUAAAAGGAAUGGAAACACAUCAUUGUGACAAGAGGAUGUACCAUGACAUUCUGUUGAACAGGCCCGCGAGUCUUAGUUGUCUGAGUACCAUUACAUCUCUGUUAGACGGACUGAUGAGUUUUCGUUGUCUGGGAGCCAUUACUUUUCUUUUAGACAGACUGAUGAGUCUUAGUUGACAAAGUACCGUUACGUUUCUGUUAAAUAGGCUGAAGAAUCUUAGCUGAUCAAGUACAAUUACGUUUCUGUUAAACAAACUGAUGAGUCUUUGUGGAUGUUGUUUACUCUUAUGCUUUUUGAACCACACAGAUUUUAUCUAACAUCUGUUUGGUAAAUAGGGGGGUCAUUCUGACUUUCAUGCAUUUCAAUUUCUAUAUUUCAGUGGCUAUUGUUUUUAAUGUCUGUUUAAGUUGGUCAAAAGCAUCCUCACAGAAUAUGUUCAUAUAUUUAUGUAUUCAUAUAAAUAUAUAAAUAUGAAACUUUUAUAUGUUUUAGUAGCACAUAUGUAGGUGUCAUGACUUGGAAUUCAAUUGGAAUUCAAUUAAAGCUGCAAUGCAGGUUGACAUCUACACUUCAGCUUUAUCUGUGAGAUCAAGAAGAGAGGUGCAUCUUAAAGGGCACUGUAUUUCUUAGAUAAUGCCCCUACUGCUAUAGGGAUCUGGUGAAAAGAAUGCACUAUAUGAAAUAGGGUGCUAUGGAGGACCCAGCAUGGCUGUCCACCGUGAUUGAAACCCACACAGUACCAGAACAUCUUUCAGGAUUUGAGUGAAUUCUAGUCUACAGGUUUACACUGAACUACACAUCACAACACACAUGUUUAUUCCCUCAUGAUGUCACUUAUAUUUCAAUAGUUGGUUAAUUAAUUUUUGAUUGUUUGGUUAGUUCGCUGUUUGUUUUUAACUUCCUUCCAAUGAAACUUGUGGGUUUUUAUUUCAGGGAAUUAAUGCAUGAUAUUGACCUUUUUAUUAUCCUAUUUAUUUGUUUAUUUUUUUCUUCAUUUUGGUAAACAACAUAA